AUGACAUACGACUCGAGGUUGGAAAAGCAAAAUGACAGGACUGAUGACAAUUCAAGUGUGCGAUUGGAAAGUUUAUACCCUUUAACGUAUGGUGUUCCGAGAAUUUCACCGAUAAUUGUAGCAGAAAGAGAGAAAAGAACGGGAAGAGAUGGAGAUAGAAACGAAUCAUCAUACCAAAUCAUGUAUGUCAUGCAAGAAUUAUUGAGUUCAACACCAUUCACUGGAAAUCUGACAUUAAUGCCAGAAAUGGCAUUAGAGGAUAGAGCAGAUGUUCAAAACAAUCACAAUAAUUUUUUCUGUGAGUUGGUUUCAUCUCAUCCGAUGGUAAAACGUAUCUUUUCACAACGAACAAGGUUUGCUUUCUUCGCAUUAUCAAGUUAG